CUUAAAUUUAGUGUGUCAGGUUUGUUUAUCUCGUGAGAUCUGUAAGUAAAUUAUAGAAAGAAUAUUAUGGAGGGGAGACGGUAUUUUGAGUACAUUGUUGUCGGUUGUGGUGGAGUUGGUAGUGGGACAUUAUACUGGCUCUCGAAAAAAGCUGGUAUAGAUGUUCUCGGUCUUGAACAGUUUGAACUUGGACAUCAUAAUGGAGGUUCACAGGAUCACUCAAGGAUCAUACGAUUAGCUUACCACGAUAACAGAUAUACUAAACUUACACCAGAUACCUACAAAGCAUGGGAAGCAGUAGAAAAGGAAGCCGGUCUACAGCUAGUGUACAACACAGGAGGAGUGCAAUUUACCAGGAAAGACGAAAUGUCUCAUGUCAUCGACGCUUAUGCUAAAGCAAUGGCCGAAAAUAAUAUCAGUUUUGAAAGACUAACAGGAAGCCAGCUGAGAGCUAAAUUUCCGCAGUUUGAAAUUGAUGACACAUAUGAUACAAUUUAUCAACCAAUAGCUGGACUCGUGGAUGCUGCUCUUGCAAACUCUGUUCAUGUUCAACUUGCUAGAGCCAAUGGAGCUACUGUUUUAGAAAAUUGUGCUGUCCAGAAAAUUGAAAAAUUGCCUAAUGGAAGAGUACUGGUUCAUACACCAGAAGGAGUAUUUCAGUGUCGUCGUCUAAUAGUCACUGCUGGUGCUUGGAUUAACCAUGUUCUUGGAUCUAUUGGUGUCCAUAUACCCGUUUAUGUUACACAAGAACAAGUCACAUAUUUUGCUACACCAAACGUAAAGGAUUUCACAAAGGCAAAGUAUCCGAUAUGGAUUUAUCACUCACCUAAAUACGACUUUUAUGGAAUGCCAAUGCAUGGUAAUUCAGGUAGCAAGAUUGGAAUAGACGCUGGUGGUCCAGUUGUUUCCGUUGACACACGGAAUUAUGAACCAGACAAGACAAGAGAACAAGCUUGCAUAAAGCAUCUGGAGAGAACAAUACCAAGGUCCCUAGGACCUAUAAUGUACACUAAGACAUGUCUCUACACAAUGACACCGGACCGCCAUUUUGUUGUGGACGAUUGUUCGAAGAAUGGAUGGGAUAAUGUGAUCGUCUGUUGUGGAGCCGGUCAUGCGUUUAAAUUUGCCAGUCUUUUAGGAAAAAUACUUAGUGAAAUGGCAAUAGAUGGCAAAACCAAGUAUGAUAUAACAAAGUUUAAUAUAGACAGAGAAGCGAUCACAAACCCUGACUGGACACCAACAUUAUACAUGGGUACAGGAGGAAAAGUUCCGACAAAGCAGAACUCAACUUCGAAACUUUAAUAGAUUGAACUGUGUUUCCGAUGAAUCAUGAAAUAUAAUUGAACUUUAUCAUUUU